AUGGUUUCGGUGAGAAACAAUCCUUCUGCUUACAAGGAAAGCUUGCAAGCUCACAAAGCAGACCCGGCCGGUUCUUGCGCUGCCUCUGGAGUCCCACAGAGCUUGGUGACUCGAGCGAAGAACUUGCCUCGUGUUAAUACGCAAGAAAUGUUGAUGGAGCUUGUAAUCCGAGGAGACUUGCUGCAGAUUGAUGAGUUUGAAGCAGCCAAGUCCAUAAGGACAGUGGAGCGCAAAAUAGAAAGUGCAAGGGAACAGCAUCAAGCCCUCAUAAAUACUUUGACAGAUAACCAGCAGUUACAAACAGCGGAAGAGGCGCAGUCAACGUCACAGGGCGCAAAGAAUAUUCAAACAGUGCUGGAGGCCGCAAGAGAGCAAGAGCUCAGGCGCCUGCUGCUCCCGGAGCUGCCAAUAUUGUCCCAGACUCCCUCUUCCAGCAGACGUCCAACAGCAGAUUCAGAGGCACUUAAGGCUGUGAAGGUUCAAGGAAUGCAAAUACCUACCAUUUGCAACGGACCUGGUACCCUCGUUGCGCUUUCUCUACAACCUGAAAGUUCCAUAAAAGCUGCAGGAACUAUGCCUUGGAGUGAUGCACGAAGGCGGCGUGUGGAGGAGAUGGCGAUCCUACUAAAGGCGCAGCCAAAGGAGGAUUUUACGGAUCCUCGAGAUGAAUGUCGCAUCGCGGAAACAAUUAAGAGUUUGAAUGCGUACAACCUAACUAACUCUGGAAGCGUUACUGAGGCCUCACUGUAA